AGUCUUAACUUUAGUUUCAAGUUCACUUUAUUUUAUGCGAUGGCACACUGCCCACUGAGCACACAAACAAUACAAGAUAAGUGAGAUUUAGCCAACCACAACACAGAAUAUCUUUAUCACUCAUAUUCUCUACUUUUAUCUCUCUUUGUCUUGCUUUCAUAACAUUUUUUCUCCUGUAUCAAUCUCUCUAAUAAAUCUAUACAUUCCAAGCGGUUAUCUAACCGUCUUGCACUCAAUCUUAGUGCUCCGGUUCUCAUCCAAUUUUCGUACUCUUUAACUCUCAUUCUGCGCAUGUUUCUCCUGAAGUACCGACUGAUAGUACCCAAAAUUUGAAAUUUUGGGGUAGAUUUUGUGAUGGAAUUUUGUUUAUCUCUUGAAUUUGUGUGUUGUUUGUAAGAGUACUGGUUAAGGUUUUGAAAACAGAUUUGGAGAUCUAGGUAAAAAAAUUAAGAAAUGGAACCUCCAAAGGGGUUUUGGGUUACUUUGUGGAGUUUUAUUCGGUUUUUGCCCUACUUCAUUGCUCUUCUAAUUCUUGGCAUCAUAAAAGGCGUUAUAUUUUGUCCCUUGAUAUGCCUUAUAAUAGCAAUCGGAAACUCUAUGAUCAUUGUCGUCCUUUGGCUUGCACAUGGUCUCUGGACAUAUUAUUGCAUCUUAAGAGCUAAAUUGAUCGGACCUGUUCUGAAGCUUGUGCUUUGCAUAUGUGUUAUGGUUCUCUUAGUUUGUUGGCCAGUGGUAGGAAUUGUUGGGAGUAUAUUAGGAGGUGCAGGGUAUGGCCUUAUAGCACCAGUGAUUGCCACCUUUAAAGCUGUUGAAGAAGGGAAAACUGAUAAGUUUUUCCAUUGUCUCUAUGAUGGGACAGUGGACACCUUAGAAGGGAGCUUCACCAUUGUCAGGGACGUUAUGGACGUCUGUUUCCAUUCCUACUUUUCCAUUAUGGAUGACCUCCGUCUUGAAGAUCCCCCAAUGGGAAAACCAUAUGAGAUCAGGAUACUCCUCCUUCUAGGUGCUGUGUUAGUUGCAGUGCUUGGUAUUACCGUCGACUUUGUAGUGAUCACAUGUGUCUCCAUAGUUAAGGCCCCAAUUAUGCUUUUCAAGGGAUGGCAGCGGUUGUUUCACGAUCUUAUAGGUCGGGAAGGCCCUUUCUUGGAGACUAUAUGUGUACCAUUUGCGGGUUUUGCUAUUUUAUUCUGGCCAGUGUUGGUUGUUGGUGCCUUUUUGGGUGCAACGGUAUCAAGUAUCUUCUUAGGUGCUUAUGCAGGAGUUAUUCUAUACCAGGAAUCAUCUGUUUGGUCAGGUCUCUGUUACAUUGUUGCUUCCCUGGCGAUGUUUGAUGAAUACUGCAAUGAUAUGCUUGGCAUAGCAGAAGGCACUUGUUUUCCUAGUCCUCAGUUCCGAAAGAAGACCCCGCCAACCACUAACUCGCAAACAUCAUCUUUCCGCAAUCCCCCAUCCCGGACAGUCUCACUCAAGAUUGUUGAAUUAAAUUUGUUUGAGUUACUUGAUAGCUUAUUUAAAGACUGCAAAGGCCAAGGAGAGAGGCUGAUUGCUGAAGGAUUAAUAACGCCCGAAGAUAUAGAUGAAUCCAAGUCUAGGAAAUAUGGAGUCAUUUGCCUCGGCUUACCGGCGUACUGCAUUCUUCAAGCACUUUUGCGUUCUAUUGAGUCCAACUGCGAGGGUAUAUUGUUGAGAGAUACUAACACUGAAAUAAAUUCGAUGAAUAGACCAAAAGAUGCAUUCUAUGAUUGGUUCCUGAACCCCUUACUGGUCAUCAAAGACCAAAUCAAAGCUCAUAAUCUCACAGAGGAAGAAGAAAAAUAUCUCUCCAAUUUGGUUCUAUUAAGCGGCCAUCCUGAGAGAUUAAAGAACUCCAUUGUCGAACCACCACCAGAGGGAAAUAGGAAGAAAGCCGAACUUGAUGGACUAGCUAGAAGGCUCCAAGGUAUUACCAAAUCUAUCUCCAGGUAUCCAACUGCAAAGAGAAGGUUCGAUGUACUAACCAAGUCCCUAUCUGAAGAGCUUGCAAGGAAAAAAUUUACUCAUUCGACCAACGGGGGUCGUACACCAAGAUCUCACUCCCUUCCUAGUAGGUCUCAAUCAAUUUCAAGAUCAAAAAGUAGCUUCGUCAGAAUAUUUAGCCAGAAAUCCUUCCGAAACAGAACAGAAAACUCCGACCUUGAUAGAGAGGAAACUCAGCCAGUUGUAAAGGAUAUAGAAAUUGCAUAGUCAGCUGUAAUUUGCUUGUAAUAGAAUUAAUCAAAGGUCUUACUUACAAGUUUGUCUUUCUUUUCCUGUAAUUGACUCCCCUACCUAGUGUUUAUCAUAUUCAUAUACCAACAAUCCAGUGGAAUUUACCUGUCGUUGAUUUUUCACCUGAAAGA